AUGUCUACUCACAAAUAUUCUCCAAUCCUUGGACAAACUGGCGACAAGAUGAUGAUUGAUCCGUUUGAAGUGCGCAUGCGCUUCACAACACAACUGCAACAUCUGAGCGCCGCUGUCACUCCUGCCCAAAAGGCUGCCCAUUAUGCGCUCAAGUAUCGUGACCUUGAUGAGGACCUCCACUCAUGCAUUCUGGAGCAGCUUGAACGAAACAACAUGAACAACCGGGCCAAUAUAAUGUAUUUCAUUGAACACCUCUGCGAAAUGGCCAUCAAAGAAAACCACCCUCCAUACGUGCGGAUGAUGCAACGCGACAUUCUCCGGGUGGUGGACUCGGUCGUUCCCCCAGACGGGACUGGCGCGGCCAAUGUCAAGCAUGUGCGACAUGUGCUGAAUGGUCUACAGGCCAAGGAAGUUCUCGCCGCCAGCACCGUGGCCGAAAUCGACGCUGCUUUGAAAGACCGCGAAUCAGACCCCUCACACAUGGACCUUGAACACGAAGAUGGUACCGAGGAUGCCAGCAAACCCAAAGCGGAAAAGCCACAGCUACGCCUGGAUAGGAAGCAGAUCGAGCAACGCAUUGAGGAAGAUCGUGAACGCAACAAGCGGUUGCGGGAGAGUAUGUGGGCCAUGACUGGCAACGAUCGAGACGAAUAUAACCAAAUGUGGGACGAACUGAGCCCUAUCGGCGAGGAUGACUUCAUUCGAUCUCGGGAGGAGGCCAUCGAACGCGCUGAAUGUGCUCGCAAGCAUGUGGAAUUUUACAAGAAGCUUUAUGACAUCGAGGAUUAA